AUGCGGCGUCGAUGUUGUAUCCCUAGAGUAAAGAUUCGACAUUCUAGAACAUCCAAACCUGGACUCUCGCAGUUGUCCGACUACAAGCUACAACGUCGAGAUCGGCAUCGUAGGCAGCCAAAUGCGUAUCGUCCAUCGCAGAUCCACGUACGAACGAAGGCCCAGGAGAGGGAGAGGCGCGGAGAGACGAGCCUAGAGCCUGUGGAUCUAUCGCGGGGCCUGGCCGCCAUCAUGGACGUUGCAGUGGACCAACGGAACAUCAAAUCGCCUCGCCACCAUGCACGCACCCGGACGGCGGUCUCUGAGCUAGGCUUGGCCACGGUCCGGUCCGGACUGGCGGUUAACCGGUUAACCCAAGUUCAAUCCGCCAUCUCCCGGCACCUGCCGUUCCUCGCGCAAUCAACCGCGACUCGAACGUGUCAUAGUACAUCCAAUCCCUGUUACACAAGCAGACAAAGCGUCGCGUCGGUGCAGGAGAGAAGAGAACGACCUGAUCAUUUCCAGAUUGCAGAAUCUUCCCCUGCGCCGAGUGGAGCCCCCCUCGACCGACGACCCUUAAAAGCAACGAUGUACGGGAUGCGUAAUAAAGCAUGUUGUUGAGAAAAUAUGGUGACACGGCAUCAGGGACUAAAUCAGAGUCACCUCUGGUCUACGUCAACAUGUUGAAACUGCAACAUCCAACAUUCAUACUUUUGUAGACUCCAAGUAAAACUCUCAACCUAACAUUUACAUAUGAUUCAAGCCAUAUAUUUAUUUCGUAUACAAGCCUUUGUACCUUGAGAAAUUACACCAUACUCUGUUGUUUCAGAAAUCCUCGCUAUCUAGCUUCAUGUCAUAAUUUUGAAAUGAUCGUCUAGUUUAAUCUUCAGUUCAACAAUAAACGUUGAGACAUGUCUUGAUGUUUAAUCUGGGACCUCUAGGCUUUUUACAACAUAAUUUAACCAAACUUUUGAAGAAGUCUCAUUAUGUAAACCAAUAGCAUAAUCGAUCUUCAUAUAAAUAUAUACUCUUAAAAAUCUUGC